AUGUAUGCUACGACCAACACAAGGCCUGAUAUUGGAUUUGCUGUAGGAAAGCUAAGUAGGUUUACUAACAAUCCUAGUACUAAUCACUGGCAAGCAGUAAGGAGAGUGGUGAAGUAUUUAAAGAAAACCAUAGACUUUGGUUUGACUUAUGUAGGGUUUCCUUCAGUUAUUGAAGGAUAUUCAGAUGCUAGUUGGAUUACAAAUGUUGAGGACCACUCUUCUACAAGUGGUUGGGUGUUUCUUCUUGGUGAAGUUUCCAUUUCAUGGGCUUCUAAUAAACAAACAUGCAUUACAAAUUCAACUAUGGAAUUUAAAUUUGUAGCCCUUGUAGCUGCUGGAAAAGAAGAAUAA